AUGGGUAUCACUGAUUUAUGGUCAAUUCUUUCUCCUGGAUUUGAUACCAGAAUACCGUUUCCUAUAUUUGUAUAUGAAUUCAUAAAUCAAUAUGGAAGAACCCCAAGGAUAGCUAUUGAUGCAUAUAUGUUUAUAUUCCAAUCAAGCCAUAGUAAUUUACAAGGUGUUGAACGUGAAAAUGACAUUCAAAUUAGAAAUAUAAUGUCAAAAUUGAUGUAUUUGACCCUGCUUAAUGUUUCAUAUGUGGUGGUUUUUGAUGGGAGAUAUAAACCGCAAAAAUUAAGACAUGGCGAGGACGGACAUUCUAUAUCUUACGAUGAUCAAUUGAGGGAGUUUCAGAACAUUGCAUUUAAGAAUGAAAACUACAUGGAAGAUUCGCCCUGUACUCAACUAAUAAAUAGAUUGUUUGAGAUUUUCAGAGAGAAUAAAAUUGAUUUUAUUCAAUCUCCGGGUGAAGCAGAGGCAGAAUGUGCUAUGCUACAAAAAUACGAUGUUGUUGAUUUUGUUUUAACUAAGGAUACUGAUGUUUUUGUCUUUGGUGCAACUAAAGUCUUGAGGAACUUUAGUAGAUCUGAGCAGGAUAUAGCGGUCUCAAGUAGUUCGAUACCGACAAAAGAUUUUUAUGUCACGCCUGUGGAUAUGACAAGGGUUACAAAAGAAACCGGGUUGGACUACCAAAGGCUAAUUUUAAUAGCCACUUUACGUGGAGGUGAUUACUCUAGUGGAGUGAACAAUAUUGGCAUCACAAGGGCAAGCAAGAUAGCCUUAUGCGGAACGAAAUUUGCUACGUUUUUCCACUUAUCUCCAAGAAAAACUAAAAAGAAAUCGGAAAUAAAGUAUUCUGAUCCAUUAAGGGAUUUCUCCAAAUUGUUAAUUGAUUGCUUUAUUGAUAGGGCAUGUCUUAAUACAUUCGAUUCGUUUGCUCUGAUCAAAUGUGCAAGUACUAGAAAAAUUGAAUUGGAGAGGUUUACAAGUUAUUUAAAUCAAUGCAUCGAAUCAAGGUCAAGAGAUAUAUUUGAUAUGGAUAUUAACUUUUCAUCGUCUCUCUUCAUAGAUGAGUAUUUCACAUUACUUUAUCUAUUCCCAAUAGUUAGCCCAGCAGUAUUCAAAUUUUUGCCGUAUACUUUAAGCUGUGGCGAGUUAAAUGUAAUAGACAACGACUUGAAGGUUCCAGAAAGUUGUUUUACUUGCAGCGGUUAUUCAAAAACUUGGAUUGAACAAAUUCCAAGGUUUAACAAUAUACUCGUUGAUAAAUAUAUUGGGUUCCUGGAAGUAUCAAUGCAUAUUGAUGAAUUAGGAAAAGCAAAAAUAAAAAAUUGUGUGGCUAAUAAUUCACAGGCAAUUUGUAAACGCAUGUCAAAAUUCAUGAUUCCUGAUAGAUAUGAUUAUCAAAUUAAAAGCAUUAUUAUUAAACUCAUAUCAUGGUUUAAUGAUAUUUCUUCUCUUUGUGAAAUCAUUACAAUUACUAACAAUAAAUUUAUUAAUAAUGUUGAAUUUCUAAUGGUUAAAUUUGAACCUGAGAAGAUAAAAAAUACUUUAAAUAGUACAAAAAAUUUUACAACAGGCUCUCCAGAGAAAGGAUAUGAAAAUUUGCUGCCCACUAAAGAGAAAUUAGAAAGUUUAUGGCUCCCAAAAAACUUAGUUGAGUUGAUUAAUCUAAACAUGGUUCAGGAGUUCGAAGCGUCGGUAAUAGCUCAUGAAAAGGAGAGACGCAAACAAUCGCCAAGAAAAUCUAAAUGCAUUCAAAGAACAACACUUGAUACCUUGGGAUUGCUCAGUAAAAAGCAGAGGAAUGAAUUUAGCGUGGAAAAUAACAACUUGAGGGAUCGAAGUUCUCCUUUGAAAAUAAGGGACGCAUCAAAAGCUAAAUCUAGAAAGAAUACUAUCAUUCCAGGGCAGUCAAUCGUUACGUCGUUUUUUCCCAAUUACAAAAAUAUUAAGGAAGAUAAUCCUUUUAUUGAAAAAUAUGAACCGAAUCAUAAUCAAGAUCUCUUAUUCGUUAAAGAUCUGAAUAAGGGCGAAAAUAAAGUCCUCCAAAACAAUACAAUUAAUAUUCUGUAUGGUAAGUUGAAACUGGAUAUAUGGCUUAAUCCAAAUUUGCGCUAUGAAGCACCUUUGAUAAACAAAGAAGUGACGGGUUCUCCGAAGCGACGGAUACCUUCAUUUUCCGAAGGGUUUUCAAGUCCUCAAAGUAGUCCUUCAAAAAAACGCCACGUCAAAACGAAUUUGCUCCUAUCACCCAAUUCUUCUCCAAUAAAGCACAACUCCAGAAUUGAUGAGGAUGAUGGUGCAUUUUUUGUUCCAGUCGAAAAGAACUCCUCUCCAAAAACCAGGAUUGAUAUAACAAACAAUGUACAAAGUGGAGAGUUAUCAGAAACUAAGAUCAAAUCUGGUUCCACGAACUUGGAUGCAAUACAAAUAAGUGAUAGUGAUAGUGAAAUAGAUACAAGUUCACUUAUGGAAAUAAACCUUAGUGCAUUUCAGAGUAAAAGUUGA